GAUGGACUUGGGUUACACAAUUUUUUUUUCAUGAAGUAUUUUGGAGUAUUCAGUUUUCAUGACAAAACACACACUCAGCUCCAUUUUUGGUUGCUGAACCAUACAAAUUUCUCGUCGUCAUAGGGACGAAAAAUCUGGCCAUCAAGCAUUACGUUAGUUUCGAGAUAGUCUACAUCAUAAGGGCUCGAAUAGUGUGUGGAUGAUUGGGUGUUGAGUCUGCAUAGGAUGCACUGUUGUCAGGGAGAAGUGCAAGUCACCUUCACGCGGUUGGCCCGGAAGCCCAUAUCCAACGCAGACGAUCACAGAACUACACAAACCACGGACGGCGGUUCCGAAACAAGGUCCAUUAUGUCUGGCCACUAAAUCAACGCUCCAGUCGGGAAGAUAUAGCACAUACAGGUGUUUAUUGGCAUUGUUGGCGUGAAUGAGAAUUUGCAGAAUCUCCGAGUUGGAUGACAAAGCCGAUGAUGGGUUUAUCGUUCCGCUAAAUAGAAUUAAUGCGCCUCUGAAUGCAUUAACCCCGUCACCGGCGGGUCCAGAAUCGGUUAUCUCGGACCGGGGCGCCUGUGAGGUUUUCCUGAACGCUCUACAGAACAGCAAUGGCUCUGGUGACUCUGCAGCGCUCCCCUACACCCAGCGCCGCAUCCUCAGCCAGCACCAACGCGGGGGAGGUGAGUGGAGGCUGACCGGCGGAGGAAAUGCCGGGGAUGCAUGUGAUUUAGGCAGUGAUGAUGAUCGAAAGGCAAACCUAAGCCUGAGUGAAAGUUUCUUCAUGGUAAAAGGGGCAGCUCUGUUUUUACAGCAAGGCAGCAGUGCACAAGGGCCCAGAACACCCACCCAUCAUAAAAAUGCAGGGGAUCUACCACAGCAUCUACAAGUAAUGAUAAACACCCUCCGUGCCGAGGACAGAAUUAAAUUAGUUGUUAGGCUAGAAAGCGGUUGGGCAGACCAUGUGCGGUACAUGGUGGUUGUCUACACAAACGGGCGUCAGGACACUGAAGAAAACAUACUGCUUGGGAUGGAUUUUACAGAUAAGGACAGUAAAAGUUGCUCUAUUGGGAUGACUCUUCCACUUUGGAGUGAUACCAAGAUUCACUUGGAUGGAGAUGGAGGUUUCAGUGUGAGCACAGCAGGAAGACUACAUGUUUUUAAGCCUGUGUCAGUCCAGGCCAUGUGGUCUGCCCUCCAGGUGCUGCACAAAGCAUGUGAGGUGUCCCGCAGAUACAACUAUUUUCCAGGAGGGAUGGCCCUUACAUGGGUUGGCUAUUAUGAGAGCUGCAUCUCCUCAGAGCAGAGCUGUAUCAAUGAGUGGAAUGCUAUGACAGAUCUGGAGACCACACGGCCUGAUUCGCCAGUCAUGUUUUCUGAUCAGCCAACAGAGAGCGAGAGAACGGAGUGUAUGAUCAAAACCAAACUCCGAAACAUAAUGAUGUUUCAAGACCUGGAAAAUAUUACUUCUAAGGAGAUCCGAAAUGAACUGGAACAACAUAUGAGCUGCAACCUGAGGGAGUAUAAAGAGUUUAUUGACAAUGAGAUGCUGCUUAUCCUGGGCCAGAUGGACAAGGCUACACUCAUAUUUGACCAUCUGUACCUGGGCUCAGAAUGGAAUGCAUCCAACUUGGAGGAACUUCAAGACUCUGGGUUAGUGCUGAUACACAUCGACCGACAGGUUGGGUAUAUCCUCAAUGUCACACGAGAGAUCGACAACUUUUUCCCAGGUACCUUUUGUUAUUGUAAUAUCCGUGUUUACGAUGAUGAGACUACAGAUCUGCUGGCACACUGGAACGAAACCUACAACUUCAUAGUUAAAGCCAAGAAAAACAACUCUAAAUGCCUUGUACAUUGCAAGAUGGGAGUGAGUCGCUCCGCAUCCACCGUCAUUGCUUAUGCUAUGAAGGAGUAUGGAUGGUCACAUGAAAAGGCAUACACUUUUGUCAAACAGAAGAGGAAUAUAGCACAACCCAAUCCAGCUUUUAUGAAACAACUUGCUGAGUACGAGGGGAUUUUAGAUGCCAGCAAGCAGAGACACAAUAAACUCUGGCAACCAGACGAUGAUGAGUAUUCCCUGGAGGGCCUUCAGGCUUCAGCUGCCAGUGGUGACCAGACUCCUCAAUUUUCGUCACUGCAUCCUGAUCAAGAGGAGACCGCUUGGGGCCAUGGUGGAGCAAGUGCUUCUCCCUGCUGCGGAGAAGAGCCAACAGACUAUCUCAAUUACAACUACUACUUCCGGCGACUCUCAGACACUGCUCUGGACAGUGAACCUUCCACGCCAGUUCGAGGUCCUCCGCUUUUAGGCAUGGAACGAGUCUUUAUUGAGAUUGAGGAUGUAGAGAGGGAUGCGUUGUUGGAUGAUGAAGGCUUCCCCAUGGCUCACUUGGCCCUUCCUGGGGAGGGCACAGCGGCCCAGACCUGUGGCCGACUGGAGCCUAUAGAGGACAUGCGCUUGAGGCUGGAGUUUAGCACGGUGGAGGAGGAGGACGAGGAAGAAGCACAAAAGGAGGAGGCAGAGAUGGCCGCCUUAGCUCGUGGCGAGGAGACGCCGAGGGAAGACGAGAGCCUGGCUAACUCGAACCGCUUUAACAACGAGAACGCCAACAACAGCAACAGGCUGGCCGGGAAACGCAGCUGCCCUUCUGGCUUUGACGACAGUGCUAGCAUUGGAAAGCCCUACAAAGUGAAGCCCUCAUAUCAGUCGUGCCGAGACUGCCUGCGCCUGCCCAGCGGCCGCCGCUGCGAACGUCGCACCCAUCGCCUUAACCUGUCACGUCACACUGGCCUGCCCAGUAUGUCCAUCCAGGCCCCCAGAGGACACAAAUUCAGUCCUGUCAUCGCCAAUAAGGUGCCUCCUCCUGCCACUCUGCAUCACAUGAGCAGCGGGCACUGCCAGAGCAUUCGUUGCUUCGGUCGAGCCAACUCAGACACUUGCCACAAGCAACCGAGCUGCGAAGACCUUCCUCAGGAUUUGCGUUAUUCCUUGGAGACUGAGGACAGAAUGGAAGGGGAGGACGAAGGGAGCAAGGAAAGCUCCAGCAGUCCCGUGACAGAGCUUACUCUCCUAAGGCUCAGUCUGGGUGGUGAGAGGCCUACGGCGGAGCUCAGUCAGGGGGCCCACCUGGAAACACAGCUGGUGCAAAUGUCCGAUCCUCAGUUGGAACAGAUGGACUUGAGCAUAGAGGACUCUGCCAUAGAGGACAUGGAAGUGGACGAGGGAAACAUCCCCAGCUUGCACCCUGGCUCCAGUGAACUCAAGAAAACACUCACACCGGACUCGGCCCUGAAACGCAGCUCUAGCAGUGACAGUCUGCCGAGAAUUUGUAGAGGCCAGCCAGUCAUGGUAUGUCAGCGAGCUCGAGAGAUCGAGACCCGUGUGCGGCACGCCGGACUGACCAUGUCCUCCCAACUCAAAAGGUCUAUUUCACUUGCCAAGCUAGGUGACUUGGCCAUCUCCAGAGAGGACCUGACGCUCUCCACCGCACUCUCCAUUGACUACGAUGACCAAGAGCCUGCUCUUUGCGUGCAAUCCUCUUGCUCCCCCAAGCUCUCUUUAACUCCAACUGUGUUGCAGAGUUUGAAAAGCUGACUCCAAGAUGUCAGAACUGCUUUCUCAGUGAAUGGGACCGAUCCAGUCCUACAGCCAUCGAGAGCGACCAUGGAGGCUGAUGCUGCAAGACACCUCGUGAGAACAAUCAGGCCAGGCUUGGAUGUCCUUCCAGCAGCCCUUUACAUAACUGCACUGCAUUCUUCAUUUGUCUGUCUGUGCUUAAACGAAGAUAUAUAUUAAAGAAUGCUCUGGCUUGGACCUUCAUUAA